AUGGAGGCCCUUAAUAUUUCUCAUUUCAUUCUUCUAUGUGCAAUCUGCCCAAAUUUUGUUGUGCUUUUCAGUGCCUUUCCAUGUUUUGCUUUCACUUCAUUUGUGUUUGGAGAUUCUCUAGUGGACGCAGGAAACAAUGACUACAUUUUUACACUCUCAAAGGCCGAUUCUCCUCCUUAUGGAAUAGAUUUCAAGCCUUCUGGUGGUCGACCAACUGGACGAUUCACAAAUGGUCGAACGAUAUCGGACAUUGUAGGUCAAGCUCUUGGUGCCAAGUCAUUUCCUCCACCUUAUCUAGCCCCAAACACUCAAGCAAACUCAAUCCUCAAAGGAAUUAAUUAUGCUUCUGGAGCCUCUGGAAUAUUGGAUGAAACAGGAGUUUUGUUUAUUGGAAGAGUCCCACUGCGUGAGCAAGUGAAUAAUUUUGAGGAAAGCAGAUAUGACAUGGUGAAAAUAAUGGGAGAGAAUAAAACAAAGGAAUUCUUAAAGAAGGCAAUCUUCUCGGUGACAAUUGGAUCCAAUGAUGUUCUCAACUAUUUCCAACCAACCAUACCAUUUUUUGGUGAUGACAAGGUCUCUCCUUCCAUGUUCCAAGAUUUCAUGGUCUCUAACUUGACCAUACAGCUUAAGCGACUGCACGAGCUGGGAGCUAGAAAGUUCGUUGUGGUAGGGAUUGGACCCAUAGGAUGCAUACCAUUUAUUCGUGCCAUCCAUUUGUUACCAAGUGGACAGUGUUUUGCUGAGGUGAAUGAAUUAAUCCAAGGCUACAACACGAAGCUUAAUGGAGUUUUGGAUCAACUUAACCAAGAGCUGGGUCCCGAAGCGAUCUUUGUCUAUGCAAACUCCUUUGAUAUCUUUACGAAGAUCAUAGUAAAUUAUCAUCAAUAUGGGUUUACGAAUGCAAAUGGACCAUGCUGUGGAGGGUACUUUCCGCCGUUUGUUUGCUUUAAGAGCCGCGAUGCAAGCAGAAGCUCUGCAUUGUGUGACGAUCGAUCGAAGUACGUGUUUUGGGAUGCAUAUCAUCCUACAGAAGCUGCUAAUAUGAUCAUAGCAGAGGGGUUACUUGAUGGAGAUGAAAGUAUUAGCUCUCCCAUUAACAUCCGUGAGCUCUACAACUAUAACUCCUAGUGUGAGACAUGGUGAAACUGGCCUACUGCAAAAUGGUAUUAAAAGAUUGUAAUGUAGGUAGUGAAUUGAAGUAAAAUAUUUAUGGAUGAUCCUAUU